AUUUAUGUAGAGUUUUACCUAUGCGUUCAAAACUUGUCAACCAAUAUUGACUUGACUAAACAUUAUUCCAACUUUAACUAGACUCCACAGGCCCAUACGACACAACCGAUCAUUUCUUAAAAUUAAUUUUUUAUACCUAUCCAAAUAACACUUAUUAUAUCUAUAGGAACUAAAAAUAUUUCAUAUAUAUUUUCAUCCCUUCUCAUCUCUAGUACUGGUACUCAGAAAAGGAAAAUUAACAACAUACAAAUCAUAUAUCAUAUGGUCAUGGAUGUUACUUCAUCGCCACCAGAUACAAAAAUCAAAAGCAUGAUGUCUUCAUCAUCAUCAUCAAGCAUCAUCACGAUGCACCAUGACAUCAUCAAUACACACAUCCUCACACGCCUCGACGCCACUUCGCUAACCACCGCCGCCUCCACUUGCUCUAACCUCCGUCACCUCUGCACAGACAAACAUCUCUGGCAAAACAUUUGCACCUCCACGUGGCCUUCUUUAAUGGACCCCACCGUAUGCCACGUCAUAUCCACUUUCCCCAACCUCCACCGUUCAAUUUACUCCGACGCAUUUCCCGCCCUUCACCAUUUCACUUUCCGUUCAAAUCUUCCGUCGCUUCCUCCUCCGCCGGAACUCAUUUCCGCCGUUGACAUAUUAUACAAAGGGAAGCCGGUGUUUUCGAGAGUCCGGCGAACCGAAACGAAGAAGAAUUGGUUCCUCUCCUCCGCGUUAUGGAUCGAAAUGGUGGAACCGGGAGAGUUGAUUCAGACGCCGGUGAAGUUCGUUAGAAAAGAAGAAGAGUUCAUGAGAAAUUUAGAAGAUAACUUAUGUUUAAGCUGGAUCUUAAUCGACCCGAUCCGAAAACGCGCGGCGAACGUUUCUAGCCGGAGACCGGUUUUAGUCCGACGGCACUGGCUAACCAGAGACGUGGAGAUUUUAUUCGCGGUGACGAUGGCGGGGGAGAUGCAACGUUCGACGGAGACGGUGCAGUGUUUAAUAAAGGUCACGUGCGGUGGAAAAGUUGGGAGUGAAUUGCACGUGAGGGAGGUGAAUUUAGUAAUGGAGGAUAGGGAAGGGGGGUAUGUGAAUGGAAAAGAAGGGGUUGUGAUUUUACAAAAGGCGAUGGAGUUUGGGGAGAGGAAGAAAGUUGAUGAAGUUGGGGAGAUGAAGGAGAGGUUUGAGAGAUUCAUGUCUAUGAUUAAGGAGAGGAGAGAGAGGAAGCAUAGGAGAGAGAGAGCACGUGAUGCUGUUUCUUUGAUUGUCGUCUUCAUUGUUUUCGUAUUGUUUUGCUGCAUAGCUGGUUUCUGAUAAGGGUUUGACUUUUCAUUAUUAUCCAUUAUCUAAUGAUCAUUAAAUGUACAAGGAUUUUCAAUCGAUCUCAUGUUAUCAAAAUUUAAGUUAAUUUUGUUGUGGCAAAAACUACUAAAUUUGAUGAUCA